CGGCGCCUGCGCAGUUCCUCAGGGAGGCCGGGACGCUGCGGGCGGGCGGAGGGAUGUACGUUACGGUUAAAUAGUGGGUGAGGGCGGCCGCAGGAGGAGCAGCAGCAGCAGCGCUUCCUCAGAGACCGGAGGGAGAGGAGGCUUGGUCGCCGGUGGAGGGAGCGGAGCGCUUCGGGCCUCCAUGGCGAGGCGGGCUCAUGGGCGGCCGCGGCAGAAGAAGAAGCAGCAGCUCCUUCGCGGUUAGCGCCGCCGAGAGGCCUUUCAUUGUCUUCGGCGGCGGACUGACUGACUGACGGACUGAGGGGCUCUUCGUCCUCUCGCCUCUUUUGAGCCUCGGGGGCUUCCGUCGCCGCCGUCACCGGAGUGCUUGGCGGCGGCGGUGGCCUUGCCUCGCCUCUAUGAUGAAGUUUAAGCCCAACCAGACUCGGACCUACGACCGGGAGGGCUUCAAGAAGAGGGCGGCGUGCCUCUGCUUCCGCAGCGAGAGGGAGGACGAGGUGCUACUAGUAAGCAGCAGCCGCUAUCCAGAUCAGUGGAUUGUUCCAGGUGGAGGAAUGGAACCAGAAGAGGAACCAGGUGGCGCUGCUGUCAGAGAAGUCUAUGAAGAAGCUGGAGUGAAGGGAAAACUAGGCAGAUUGCUGGGCAUAUUUGAGCAGAAUCAAGACCGAAAGCAUAGGACUUAUGUUUAUGUACUUACAGUGACUGAAAUCCUGGAAGACUGGGAGGAUUCGGUGAAUAUAGGAAGAAAAAGAGAAUGGUUUAAAGUUGAGGAUGCAAUCAAGGUCCUUCAGUGUCACAAGCCUGUACAUGCAGAAUACCUGGAAAAACUGAAAUUAGGGUGUUCACCAACCAAUGGAAAUUCUGUAGUCUCUUCUCAUCCUGAUAACAGCUCUCUCUAUGUUACUUCAGCACAGACAUCUGGGCUGCCCUCUACUGUAAGAUAAACUUGGAAAUAACUUUUGUUCACUGUCACAAGGGCCGAUGUUUAGUGUCCUGUUUAUAGUCAUUGAAAUCUUGAAUGUGUUGAACACUUUCUGUUCAGACAUACACUUUUUUCUUUUUUUAGUGAUGUGUUAAUGUUUCAGCAAACCAAAGCCAUAUGUGGACUUUUAAAAGAUGCCUUAAAUGGCCCUCUUUAUGGGGUUUUUUAAAGCAUAAAUAAUUUAAGUACCUAAUUAAACAGUGAAUUUGUAAAUUGGCAUUUUGGCUUAACUUUUUUUUCCUUUAAAUUUCCAAAAAUAAAGUUAGUUUGGGGGAACUUCGCUGUAGUAUAGACACUCUUGCCUAUUUCAGUGCAAAACUAGGUGAAGGAGUUAAAAGGCAAUGAAAACCAACAAAAGUGCCUUCUAUAUCAAGUUUCCUCCUUCUGACACAAAAUUCCUAACCAGAGCAGUGCCAGUUUGUCUACCUUUGCCAAUCCUGCUCCUUCUUAAAAGUUAGUCAAGUAGCCACAAUAAAAAGUAUGCAUAGAAACAUGCCAGCCCCAUAACCUGCUUGUCUUCUCUUUUGUGAAAGCAUUAGCUUUCUUAGCUAUUCUAGCAGGUUUUGAUUUGCUACUGGAAAGCAUCCAGUCAUAUGAAUUUGAUCAUUAUUGGGACAAUAUAUUUCCUGAGAUUCCAGAAAAGGGUAGGGUACCAAUUUGAAUGUGCUCCAGUCCUUUUUAACAUCUGCAACUAAAGCAUAGAUGUGUAAAUUCUCUGCACUAUACAAGUUUGAAUUCAGAAACUUCUAAAAACAUUAACCUUUCCCUAAAUUCAGAUCUGUGGUUGAGGUAAAAAAAAAACCUACCUCUGUUGUGAAAAUUGUUUUUUCUCAUUCUGUGUAUGUAACAUAAACCCACUGUAAAUAAUCAAGCUAGUGUAUAGUGUAAAGUGGAAAGUAAAUGUAAUGUAAUGUAAAUACUAUUGCUUACACAACUUUGUUGCCACCUAAGACAUUAGUGUUCUAGUAGGUACAUACAGACAGAAAUCUGAAUAGUGGAUAUUUUCAAGUCACUAUAUCUUCACCUAUAGAGUUUCUGCUUAUAACAUAGCUGUCUAAGGCAUAAGAGCACUAGCUGGAAAAGGUGGCAGUCCUACACACUACAUUCAACACAUUGUGUAAAAGUGCUGCUGUAAAUCAACAAAUCUGCUGUUACAAAUUACAGAAAAUAUUGGUGCCAUAUAUUGUCUCUCUAAUGUGGAAAUAAUCCUGUGCCAUAUUAAUGUAUUUGAACAAGGAACACCAGUGAAACAUUUCAGUCAUUCCUUCAAGAGUGAUCGAGUACAAUUGACAGAAAAGACUUGAACCUCUGCCACAGGUUAAAUCUGACAAGUGUUAUUGGCCUCGAGACAGCUAAUUGCAGCAGUAGGUGAUCAUCAGUUUUGUGUCUGAAAAGCCUUUUCCAUAUUAUGGUAUAUAGAUGAAGUCAAAAGAAUGUUAAUAAUGCAGAGCGAUGGCAGACCCAUCAAUGUGAAAUGUUAAACUGAUCAGAUGUGGAAAUGACUGGUUCUUGGUAUGUAUGCAUUUUUUCUUUAAUUUUGAGGUGGCACUUCAACCCACACUCCUAUACAUUAUUCAGUUGUAAUUCACUGACUACAUGAUGGUAACAGGAGAAAUAUCUCUUGGUUUUCAUAAUGACAAACAGAACAAAUGGGUUUAUGUUUCCUACUGUUAAUUUCAUCUCAAGUUUUGUUUUUGGAACAUAAAACCCAGCCAAGCUUAUAGAAAUUGCAUAUUGAUAAUGCAUGAUUAGUUUGGUUUCUAUCAUUAUGUGUUAUGUAAAAAAAUGUACAGUUGUCAAUGCUAACCCAAAUCAAAGGCGAUGGCUUAUAAAUACUCCAGACUGCUGUGCCACAUAGUUUUAAAUAUAUUGGUGUACAGAUCUCUUCAGCCUAUGCAACUUAAGGUGAAGACCCUUACUGAGACUGACUUAAAAAUUUGUCUUACAACAUUUGGAAUGACAAAGGUCCACUGUGCUGUUGGCUACCAUUGUUGCAUUUCAUUGAUUGAGAUGAGAACCCAGCAAAAUUAACAUUGCCUAAUCCCAUAUCUUGAGGCAAGCAAAUGUGACAGCAAAUACCUCUUUUGCCAACAUUAAAGCACAGAAUUGUAUAUCCCUGGAAAGGAGGUUUGGGUUUCUUCAGUGAAACAGGAGGAUCCAAGAAGCAUUCUUACAAAAUGAAAAUUUAGAACGAAGUUUCCUAUAAGUGAUCUUUGAACCCUAUACCUGGUUUCACAGGGUGUGAGGAUAAAAAUUUGAUUUGGACCAUAUUCCAUAUGGCAAUGCAUGCCUUGGAUUACUUAUGGCAAGUUUUGCAAGGUCAAUGAGAUGCUUACCAGACAGGUUGUGAUUUAGUGGGAGCUUGUUACAGUGGAUUGUUCAUUGGUAACAUGCCAUACAAACUGCAAGAACAUUUAUGCAGGUUGUAGAGUCUAUUAAAAUAGAAACAUCAUCCUGAAUGCGUAUUACAAAUUAGCCAGGCCUAUUGUCUCAUAAUUUUGGAAACAAUUGCUCCAAUAUGCUUCUGAGAAGUACAAAAUAAUUGAAGCGAAACUACAAUUUAAGUUGUAAAGAUUUUGAACUGUGCAUGGCUUUCUUUUAAGACUGAUGUAAGAAUUUUGACUUUUUAUAUCUGAAACAAGCCUCCAAAAUAAAAAAAAAACAUACCCUA